AUGUUCGUGUGGGUCCGUGAAACUACAGAGCCAGGAUUUAGCUUCAUCAUCCUCGUCUGGGCUAGUAUUAUAAUUAAAGAUACCUAUGGCCCAGACUCUGUACCAUUCAUCCCAUCAUCUCCUCACCACACCAAAGAAGGAAACGACCUCACGGUGAGCUGUGCUACUUCUUGUAGUCCAAGCUGCUCCUAUGUGUGGAAGCUGGGGAGUCAGCAGAAAACAACGAGCUCUGAGAUGAAAAUACCAGACAUAAGACGAGAUCAGGCAGGAAACUACACGUGUACUAUAACCAACACUGGCACCUCGACGUCAAAGAGCAAACAAUUUCAGCUGGGUGUUGACUAUGGCCCAGACUCUGUACCAUUCAUCCCAUCAUCUCCUCACCACACCAAAGAAGGAAACGACCUCACGGUGAGCUGUGCUACUUCUUGUAGUCCAAGCUGUUCCUAUGUGUGGAAGCUGGGGAGUCAGCAGAAAACAACGAGCUCUGAGAUGAAAAUACCAGACAUAAGACGAGAUCAGGCAGGAAACUACACGUGUACUAUAACCAACACUGGCACCUCGACGUCAAAGAGCAAACAGUUUCAGCUGGGUGUUGACUAUGGCCCAGACUCUGUACCAUUCAGCCCAUCAUCUCCUCACCACACCAAAGAAGGAAACGACCUCACGGUGAGCUGUGCUACUUCUUGUAGUCCAAGCUGCUCCUAUGUGUGGAAGCUGGGGAGUCAGCAGAAAACAACGAGCUCUGAGAUGAAAAUACCAGACAUAAGACGAGAUCAGGCAGGAAACUACACGUGUACUGUAACCAACACUGGCACCUCGACGUCAAAGAGCAAACAGUUUCAGCUGGGUGUUGACUAUGGCCCAGACACCGUAACUUUCAGCUCGACACCACCAGAUCACAUCAACGAAGGUGAACGUCUUCGAGUGAAGUGUAUUGCUGAAUGUAAACCAGGCUGCUCUUAUUCCUGGACAUUAGGGAAUCAGCAGACUGGGACAGAUCCUGUGACGCUAAUUUCAAGCAUCAAACGAGAGCAGUCGGGAAAUUACACGUGUACCGUCACCAACAACGCUACCCGGGACAACAAAACAAAGAUGUUUUCGCUGGACGUUUAUUACCUGCAAAAAAUCACGUCCCUCACAUUGAACUCACAACCUUCUGGAUUGACAGUCACUGAGCGGACUGUUGUGACUCUGCGGUGCGUGGUGGAUAGUAACCCGGUCUCUGACAUCAAACUCUUCAACGGCUCGUACCCCAUCCACGAGGUAUUCAACUCCAGCACCACCGAGUACAGUUUGGGGCAAGUUGAGUGUUUAGACACCGGAGAGUAUAGAUGCAAGGGCAGAAACAGAAUAUGGCAUGACGUCAGCAGAACUGUAAAGCUCAACGUGUCGUGCUCACCGAAGAUAGACCAUCGCGUUCCAUUCCCGGGUACAUUUCACGCAGCAUUAUGGAGUGACGCCACUCUCAUUGUACCCAUUAUAGCAAACCCGCCAGCACGAUGUAGCUGGUUCAGACUACUGGACAAUGGAGACAGACGCUUGCUCGGAACCAGCCGUCCAGAAGUGGUGUCUGCAGCAUCUGGCAUUGGGAAGUUUACGCUGAGGAAUGUUCAACUCGAAGACUUUGGAAGCUACCAGGUGGUUGUGUCCAACGGUGGUAAACAAGACGAUCUCGUGAUGAACCUGACACUCACUGCACAAGGUCCUCCAAGUAUUCCAUCUCAGUUCAAGGCGUGGAGCGACGAUCCACACUCGGUGCGUCUGUCGUGGAUGGAGGAAUUUAACGGAGGGGCAGCGCAGAUGUUUUUGGUUCACUACAGGAAACACAAGACCAAGGAGGCGGCGAACCUCACCGGACGCUACACGGAGAAAGGUCUACACGCCAAACACACGUCGGUGAUACCACAACUAGAACCACGCACUCGCUAUCUCGUCAAGGUGCUGGCGUAUAACGUGUAUGGAUACAGAGACUUUACUGUGGAACUUGGGGUUGUCACCGAAAACUAA